AUGAGUGGCACGGGUGGGGGGGACAUUUUUGUGGAACUUAAAAGAUAUAAACGGGUUAGUCGGGCCUUGGCGGGUCUGGCUGAGAAAGCUCGAACACUGAACCUGAAUCUCAAAGGGAAGGAAAGUAAAUUUAACUGCGAGAAACAUCAGGAGGAACUGAAACUGUUUUGUGAAACGGACAAGAAACUGAUCUGUGUGAUUUGUGCAGCUGGGCGGGAACACAAGACUCACAGCUUCAUGCCGGUGGAUGAAGCUGUUGAAAUCUACAAGGCUGAGAUCAAAUCUUCCUUGGAAUCUCUCUCAAAAUAA